GCAGCAGCAGCAGCUCGCGCGACUCGGCUGUGGUUUUCCAAGGGCUUUCAUAUUUUGAAAUUUCAAACAUGGAAACUGAAUCUGAGGUAAAGAAAGAGAAGUUGCACCAACAUCCCUUCUAUUGCAAUACUCACUUCCUGGGAUACAAACACAAAACAGUUGAAGAAGCUCUAAAAGCCCAUGGCAUUGUUAAAACGGUCAGUGGUUCAGGAGAUCAAGCAAAAGCUCCUGUAAAACUUCCUGAUUAUGUUCAAACCGAGCCAGAAAAGUUUCAAGGACAAACCCUGGAAGAACAGCUUAAUACAUGUAAAGAUUCGGAACCUGCCCUCGGACUUGAUUAUAUAAUUGAAUACCGCUCAAAAGACAAUUUCCCUGUUCUCUAUGAAUGUCAGCUGUGUCACUGUCAAACAGGAUUGAGUAACAUGUUCAUGCAUGUUUAUGGUGCUAAACAUAGAAUGGCAUAUCUGAGGCAACAUUAUCCUGAGAUAGUUGAAUCAGAUGAAGUUAGAGGUCGAGGUUCUGAACUGAACAGAAGACUUAAACAAGUUGCAGCAACUAUUGAAAUGAAGGAAGGAAGAAAACAAAUAAAGGUUGUAAUGGAUCCACCUAUUAUGAAGAGAAAAUGGCAAGAACAUAACCAUUCAAAAGCUAAAAUUCAGCAUGUGGAUGUGUCAACUAGCAGUGAAGUAAAGGCAGAUGGUAACACUGAAGAUAAACAGACAGAUUCUACUCAAAGUCUAUCUUCUCAAGGUGGAAAAGAUACUCAAGACAAGCUGGAAAAAAGCCAAAUAAAAGUAUCAAAAGCAGAUAAGCUAGAGACUAAGGAAACUGUUGAAAGCAGAAAAGACAACAACACUGAGGGAAAUAGCAAAGACAGCAAGGCAGAGUGUGAUGACAGCAGACAAUCAAGAGGUGAAAAUCAGGAUGUUGAGGGUAAACAGCAAGAGGCUAAUGAUGCAAAUUCUGAAGGGUUCACUAGCCAGGAUGAACUACUCGGAUUUUUGCAAGGUUUUGAGAUAUUGAAUGAAGAAGAUGCUUCAUUCAUCCUAAAGGUUACACAAAUUCUUACGGAUGCUUUGGUGGAAUAUCGACAACAGGUUGCACCAAGAAAAGAAAACUCUUUAUCUGUAAUGGAAAGAAAUGAACCCCAACGCUCGUCAGCUGGCUUUUUAGGAACAUUUUAUGAAAAUGAUGUCACUGCAGAAUUCUUAAACAGUGUAAGAAACAUGGAUAUUGAAGAACUUACUACUACUCUACACAAAAUAGCUGCAACAAAUCCAGCCUUCAGAGGAAUUGACAUUCCAAAUAUGAUAAGGAUCCUGACUGAAAGUGGGAAUCUUAGAGUACUGGACUGUUAGAGCACAGUGAGCAAUGGCAGUAAGCAGCGAUAUUAAAAAAAAAAAAAAAAAUGAUUGGUUUGGAAUUACUAUAUUAACAUAAACUGAAGAUUUGUCUUUUACUUUAAGAAACUUAUACGAAUAAAAUUCAGUGCAUCUACAUUUUGUACAAUUACUUUUCAGAACUACAGAUUAGUAGUUUAAUUUGACAGAUUUAUGUUGAUAUCCAAAUAAGUUGACGUUCUGUAUGUUUUAGAAAGAGAAUGUAACACUGAAAUGUUCUCUUUCCCUUUUGUACAAACAUUUUUAUCACUUUUGAAAACUGGCAUAGCUAUAUCUAGGCCAGAUGUCUUUGGAUCAUAUGCUAGAGGUAUAACAUUUUCUUUUAACUGUUCAUUUAAAUGUGAAUUAAUGGAAGACUGUUUUUAGGGCCAUCAGUCCAGCAUUUUUAAGUCAUAAAUCAUAUUUGUGACUAAAAUAUCAGUACUGUAA